ACAAUAAAUUUCUGAAUUUCAAUAUCAUUGCAACGGAAACUAUUUCCGUGCUAUAUCUAAGCGUAUAUCUUCCUGCUUGUGAAGUAUAAAGUGAUGGCUGGGUUAGAUGUAAAGUUUGUGUUUGGAAUGCUUGCACUCUUUUUCCAAAGUAUCUGUAAAACCAACCAAAGAAUAUGUGGGCCACCACGAUCUGACGGAUCACCGGACUGCUGUCCUUACUUCUAUAUUGAUGGUGACCAGUGUGUAGAGUGCCUAGCGGGGUAUAAACCAGAUAAAAAAAAUAACUGUACGGAGCCUUGUGAUUUUCCUGAUUAUGGUGCCUACUGUCAAAAUACUUGUAAUUGUUCUCAAGAGGAUUGUCAUCACGUCAACGGAUGCCCUGUGUUAGAGUGCCUAGCGGGGUAUAAAACAGAUAAAAGAUAUAACUGUACGGAGCCUUGUGAUUUUCCUGAUUAUGGAGCCUACUGUGAAAGUACUUGUAAUUGUUCUCAAGAGGAUUGUCAUCACGUCAACGGAUGUCAUGUGUUAGGUACCACAGCGAGUUUAGUAACUACAACAGAAACCACGCUCUUCAGUGCAAUUGGAACUAUUUCAGGGAUCUCAACCUCAACGCCAGUGGAAAAAGAAGAGUGUGGUAAUACUUUGCUGAAAUAUCUUAUUCCUAUGGUUGGGGCUGUUCUUGUUGUGAUUAUGAUCGUCAUAAACAUCGUGAAUAUAUACUCCUACAUGAAAGACCGUAAAGAAGAACCGAUUGAUGCAGAUGUUUAAUUUUCUUCUUAACGAUGGAUUCUUCUCAUGUUUUAAGCCGCAUGAGAUUGCAACAACUAUAGACAGAAUGUAUACAAUAAUUUUGCACACUGAAAAAUUGGUGUCGCAUAUCUUGUUUUUGUGUCAAUGUCAUAUGAUAGACCGAUUUUUCUCUCAUAUCUACGUAUGUAAGAUACAGAUUAUGAAAUAUAUUUCUAUCUUUCAUA